AUAACACUAAUUCAAUCCCACCGAUUCUCUUUGCCUUCACUACCCAGCCUGCACUACCCAGCUACCUCUCCCGUUCAUUCUUCUUCUUCUUCAGCCGACCCCACGCUCCCGGCUCCCCCUUCUCAAAUCCUCCUCCUCCUCAUUCGUAGCCACCUACCCUCUAAAGCCACUUCCAGUCCAUUUCCUACCCAUCUUUAUAGCACUUUCAGCUUUAGGAGAUGGCCAUGUUCUUCCUCUUCAGAGAACUUUUUAUUCCCUGCAGGUAGUUCAUUCUGUUUGAUUAUAUUCACAAAUGGGUCCUCUAAUUUACUAUAGCCUUCUCAAGAUUCAUGUACAAAUGUACAAUUACCAUUUGUAAAAAGCGAAAUGCUAAAACCGAUGCUGGCUUGCGGCAAAAUCUACAUCUCCGAGAGCAGAAACAGAGCCGCGCUCGAAUCGAUUGAAAGAGCGGCCAAGCUUUUCCCAGGGGUCGCCAUUAUCAAUAAGUUCGAAGAUGAGAUUUACAAUAGAGUCGGGUACACAAUCGUCUCUAAAUUGGUUCGUCGAGGCCAGCCGAUUAAGCAACAAUGUCCAUUAAAGAACGCGAUUCUGGAGAUGAUCAGAACUGCUUUGGACACCAUUGACCUUCAAUUGCAUUCUGGGAAUCAUCCUAGGGUUGGUAUUGUUGACCACAUCUGCUUUCACCCAUUGGCUUCCACUGCUUUAGAAGAUGUUGCUGGAACUGCUAAAUCUUUGGCAGCUGAUGUUGGCUCAAGUCUUCAAGUUCCAACCUUUUUAUAUGGAGCAGCGCAUGGAGAGGGGAGGUCUCUUGAUUCAAUCAGACGAGAGUUGGGAUAUUUUAGCCCUAAUGCCCACGGGAACCAGUGGGUAGGUGGGAUGAUUUCAGAUACGUUGCUCGUGAAGCCAGAUGAAGGUCCGAAUCAAGCAGUUCAAUCCAAAGGCAUUAUUGUGAUUGGAGCCACCGGGUGGGUGGAUAACUACAAUAUUCCUGUCUUCUCCAAUGACAUCAAUGUUGUUCGUAGAAUUGCAAAGCGGGCCAGCGGCAGAGGAGGCGGGCUGACAUCGGUGCAAUCUAUGGCACUUUGUCAUACAGAAGGUGUCAUUGAGGUGGCUUGCAACUUGCUGGAACCAAACAAAGUUAAUGGCAUUCAGGUUCAACUGGAAGUUGAAAGACUUGCCAAAGAAGAGGGCGUGUGUGUAGGCAAUGGGUAUUAUACUGAUCUUCCACAGGAAAGCAUAGUAGAUAGUUACUUGAAAUUGGUAUAAGAUAUACGUAGUACUGUCUUUCUCUUCAAACUUCAAUAUAUUCUUUUCGAACCUAUUAUUUGGGGUGUUUGGAAAAUGACGUUUCAUCCAAAAAUGACAAUUUUACCCCUUUUAGUUUGAAAACGUUGUUUGAUAAAUAGUUGUUACUUGUUAGGCCCUAGCAUUUUUAAACAAAACCGUUGAAAUGAAAACGUUGCAAGUAUGAGAGUUUUGGGUUAGCGUUUUGAAAUAUGUUGUUUUUUUAC